GGUAUAUAAGGAGAAGCGCGCGCAAACUGCCCCGUAGUUCGCGCUGGGACUUCGAGGGUUGUACUUUGGUUUGUGCCGCCGCUAAACUACAUUGAAAAGAAAUGGCAUCUGAUGAGGGAAAAUUAUUUGUUGGUGGACUCAGUUUUGACACCAAUGAACAAUCACUUGAGCAAGUUUUUUCUAAAUAUGGACAGAUAUCUGAAGUUGUUGUUGUAAAAGACAGAGAAACACAAAGAUCCAGAGGGUUUGGCUUUGUAACUUUUGAAAACAUUGAUGAUGCAAAAGAUGCAAUGAUGGCCAUGAAUGGGAAGUCGGUUGAUGGCCGCCAGAUCAGAGUUGAUCAAGCAGGCAAGUCCUCUGAAAACAGGUCUCGUGGAUAUAGAGGGGGAUCAGCUGGAGGCAGAGGCUUUUUCCGUGGAGGCCGAGGUAGAGGCCGUGGAUUUUCCAGAGGUUCUGGAGACAGAGGUUAUGGGGGCAGCAGAUUUGAAUCUAGAAGUGGUGGAUACAGUGGAUCCAGAGACUAUUAUGGAAGCAGCAGAAGUCAAGGAAGCUAUGGAGACAGGCCUUCAGGAGGGUCCUAUAGAGACAGUUAUGACAGUUACGCUACACACAACGAAUAAAAAACCUUCCUGGCUCAAGAUCGUCCUUCCAUUGGCUGUAUUUAUAAAGAUUUUUGGAGCUUCGCUGAAAUCGUUCUUGUGUAGUCAUCUCCUUUGUAUUCUCACUUUUGUAGUAAACUCGCAAUUCUGAUCUUGUCAAUAACACAGCCUUGACAGCUUCUAAUAUGUAAUGGUCUGUUCAGACUCAAAGAAAGCGCUGGGUUUUUCUCGAGUGUUUUAAUUUUUUAAAGCACUUAAGAUUUUAGUUCAUUUGUGAGAAAAGGCGUGUAUGUGUUUUAGGGUUUUUUUGUGUUUUUUUUUUAAAAAAGAAAAGACCGGAAGGUUUGGAGCCCCAUAUCUGUUUUUCUUUUGAGCAAGAAAGGACCUUAAAUUGUUCAGUAGAAGCUGAGCAAGCUGUGAACUCUUUUUUUGUUUAGUGCAUCGUUUUUUGUUAAAAAAAAUUAAUCAACCUUUAGUGUAGCAAGGUACUGUAGCCUGGGUAUGAAUUUUAAAAGGCAACCCACCUUGAUAUAUCUAAAGAAAUAAUUUUGCUUGUAUGUUCAACCUGCAUUAAGAGACUUUAACUUGUAUGCCAUAAAGUUUAACCCAGAGAGAGACUGCAGAUUUUACUACCCAAAGGGUUCAUUGGAAAAAAUGUUUGUUUUUAUUGUCCUUUUUUUACUGAAAGAAAGUAUGCCUAAUUCAAUUGUUGUAACUUUGAAGUGGUGAAAAAGGAUUUCUUGUACAGUUUUCUUUGGCUUCACGAAGCCUAUUAAAAGUCCAUCUGAAAAAAAAAUCUGCUCUUGAAAUGUUACAUCUUGCUGCACAACACCAGUCUGGAUGAACGUUGAAACUGUACAGUUAGACAGGAAUGAAAGUAGUAAGUGGAAGGCUUAUAACAGGGAGAAAAUCAGACCCCACAUUUCUUGUGAACAAAAAUGUAAACAAUGCUAAUGCUGUACUUGAUUAGGCCUAAUGACAUCAAUUGGGCAGUUUGAGGAUGAUUGGAAAAGUACUGGAAGGACCUCACAAAUUUUGCCCUUAAACAGUCACUUUAGCGUUGGCUGGAAUUGUUCCAACCUUUGAAAGAAGAAAUUAGACUUCACUCAUUGCUAUUUUAAUAUGAUGUUAGCAGAGUUAAGUUAAAUUAAGUCUGGUAGCUCUAUACUAAUUAAAACAAAAACUAAGCUUAACUGAAAACCAGCCAAACAUUUAGCUAGCCCAUAAUGGAGUCUUGUUAACUGGGUCAGCUGCCACUAGUCAGUGUUCCAAGGCCAAUAAUUGUGACCUAAUUUAGCUAGCUUUGUCGUUGCCUUUUAAGUUCUAAGAAUUUUCUGCUAGCAUAUGGAAAACUGCAGUGCCUUGGCGAAAAAGAAGUGUUGUGCCUCCAACAGAGAGAACCUCUGAGACGAAAGCUGCUCUCUUGGCUAGUUCAUAUGUGGGGAUAGUCCUGUAAUUCGAGGUAACUCUUUUCCUCAUGUCCGCAUCCUUCCUCCUGUUGAGAGCUCAUAUAUAUAUAUAUAUAAGUAAUUUAUUUUUGGAAAGUCUUAACCUAUGUGAAUCACAUUUUUUUCUGCCAACCUUGUUCGGCUAAGGCAUUUUUAAAUUUUUUUAAAAUUCUUCCUUACGAUGAGUCUUUGGCUUUUAUGGCAUAACUUUGCUGUGGGUCAGAAGGGGGCAUACGCGCAGCCAUCUCUUUGCCAGUAGGGUUAGUUGAAAGAUGGGGAGCUGAUUUCUGCUCAUCUCUGGAGAUUCUUAAGAUUAAGUCACGUAACCUUAAUGUUCUUUGCCAUCUUGUUUGCAUUUUAACUUUUUCCCCAUAGCCCACACUUCUUAAGCAGCCAUUAUCAACCGUGACUAACUGCUUUUUGAGGGAUCAGGUGCCAUUGGCCGGUCCGAGGGAAGCAUCUGGGUUCUUGCGUUACCUUUGUGGAAACCCUUUGUAGAAAACGCUGCUUGUCUUGUUAAAGGGUGGGCAGGGUAGAAAUUGUAGCAUUUGCUCCGUGGAUACAAUUUUUUGUAACACAAGUUUGUCUUGGCAGGUUGAUGGAAGAAACACUUGAGCCGGAAAUGGAUGUUUCAACGCUGAGGACCAAAGUCUUAACCGAAACCGUCAGCUUUGCACACAGCUGCAUGUUUCUUGGAAGCGGAUCAAGAAGGAUCAUGGCAAUUCUGAAGGAAAACAGGAUUGUGAAUUAGAAUGCUCUGAUCCAAGAGGACGUGUACAGAACUUAAUAAAAACAAUAGGGCUAAAAACUUG